CGGGCAGAGACCUGUCGGUCAUGACGCCCCAAAAGUCCACAAAAGUUCCGUUCUGCUCCUUCAGUUUAAAAUCAAGCUCCUCACGUGUCGCCGUAACAACAAGCUGCCAUACGGCCUUUCUGCUGUCGUAAAUCUGACUGUUCUCGGGUAUAGAAUACGGCACAUCCAGAAUCCAUCAUGGCGGCGGCAGGGACCGGAUCUGGUUUCGUCUUUGUCAGAAACGUUUGUGGACUCUUCCGAGAUUCAAGCAGGUUGGCGGUUCUGGCCCGUCCUCAGCAGCUCUCAUGGUUCCACUCCAGCUCCUCUCUGAGCACCAAGAACUGGGAGAAGAAGAACCUGAAGGUGUUUCCUCCUCAGCUGCCAGAAGAAGCUCGCAGGCCAGCGGAGGUCCACCACUGCAGGAGGCAGAUCAAAUACAGCAAAGACAAAAUGUGGUACCUGGCUAAGAUGAUCCGCGGCAUGAGCAUCGACGAAGCCGUCGCUCAGCUGGAGUUCAACGACAAGAAAGGAGCCAAAAUCAUGAAAGAGGUCCUCCUUGAAGCUCAGGAGAUGGCCGUGAAGACUCACAACGUGGAGUACAAGUCCAACCUGCACGUGGCCGAGUCCUUCUCCAGCAAAGGGAAGUACCUGAAGCGGAUCCGGUACCACGGCAGAGGCAUGUUCGGCAUCAUGGACAAAGUCUACUGUCACUAUUUUGUGAAGCUGGUGGAAGGGCCGCCGCCCCGACCGGAGCAGAAGACGGGCCUGGACCAGGCCCGAGAGUACGUCCAGAAGCUGAAGGAUCGGACCGUCAUCCACAGCCUGUAGAUCUUCACAUGUUUGAAUCAUUUUGUAAAUAAACGUCAGCAGAAACGC